AUGUACACUGUGUUAACGUGGAUUUUACUUUUUUCUAAUUAUCCAUGGAUUUUUUCCGAAAAAUUACCAGUCCUUAUCUGGCACGGAAUGAGUGACCACGGAACCUCCUAUGGAAUGGGGUUGCUAGCCGAGAUGAUUAAACGUGCGAUACCUGGAACCUAUGUAAAGUCCAUCUCAACGAACAGUUUUGCUAAAGAGGAUGUUAGAGAUACUGUAUUUCGGUCGAUUAAUGAGCAACUAGAUUAUGUUUGUGGCAUGAUACAUAAAGAUAAAAAACUCUCCAAUGGUUUUCACAUGAUUGGUAUAUCACAAGGCGGAUUACUUGUUAGAGCGUUAGCCCAAAAAUGCAACUUAUCAAACGUCGGCACAGUUUUUUCUAUUGGCGGACUUCAACAGGGUAUAUUUGGGAUACCAAAAUGCAUUAAUAAUGGCUUUAUUCCCUAUUGCUUAUGGUUAAAUAAGUUUCUAUCUGAUAUAGUGUAUACUGAAUAUAUUCAAAGUCGCUAUGUUCCAGCACAAUAUUGGCAUGAUCCAUUUAAAGAAAAUGAUUAUCGCAAAUAUUCUCAAUUUUUAGCUGAUAUUAAUCAGGAAAAUCGAGUAAACGAAACGUAUCGUGAAAAUCUGAAGAAAAUUCGGCGAUUAGUAUUGGUGAAGUUUACCAACGACACCGUUGUACUUCCCAGCGAAUCAUCAUGGUUCGGAUUCUAUCGUACUGGAUCAUCAUCGCAUAUAGUAAAGCUACGAGAUAGUGUUCUAUACACUGAAGAUCGUUUAGGUCUUCAAGUACUUGAUAAAAGAGGUGAUUUACAUCUUAUUGAAAAAAGUGGUGAACAUCUAAAUUUUACUAAUAAAUGGUUUGUUAAUAAUAUUUUAAUUCGAUUUUUAAAAUAA